AUGUCUGACAACAACUACGAAGAUAAGGAAGCCAAGCUCGUGAGUGUUCACGCUGUCGCCGACGGCAGCGUCGAAUCCAGCGAUGGCGAGACCAGUACACUUGAGUGGUCAUCCGAAGAAGAAAAGCGUCUUGUGCGGAAGGUUGACUUUAUUGUUAUGCCAUUGUUAAUGCUUGGGUUUUUUGUACUUCAACUCGAUCGAGGCAACAUCGGCAACGCUUUAACCGACUUUUUCUUCCGAGAUGUCGGUAUUACUCAGAAUCAAUUCAAUAUUGGCCAGCAGUUGCUCUCACUUGGCAUUGUUUUACUCGAGAUUCCAUCCAACAUAAUUCUCUACCGCGUUGGCCCCAGUCUCUGGAUCGGAACCCAAAUCAUUGCCUGGGGAUUCGUCGCUACAUUUCAAGCAUUUCAAAAGGGAGUGGGGGCCUUCAUGGCUACCCGCCUCCUGCUCGGAAUGUGCGAGGCGGGCUUUAUCCCGGCAGGUUUGUACACCAUCACACGCUGGUAUACGCAAGUGGAAACGAGCAAGCGCUUCUCCUGGUACUUCAUCGGCAACAUGCUAGCGGCAGCUACAUCAGGUCUGAUUGCCUACGGCAUUCUUCAUAUGAGAGGCAUCAACGGUCUUGCUGGCUGGCAAUGGCUCUUCAUCAUUGAAGGCAUUUUGACACUAGCCGUGGGAAUCACUUUCAUUUCCCUCUUCCCACAGUCAACCAACCACCCUGUGUCGCUGUUCGGCUACCGGUACUUCACGGAGCGAGAAGCGCAGAUUCUCACCGCUCGUGUUAUCCGGGAUGAUCCUUCCAAGCGCCAUGCAAAGCAACACGUCAGCAGGAGCGAGCUCAAGGACGCACUCACAAACUGGAGACUGAUCCCCCACGUCAUCACCACCAUCUGCGGUCUUGCGCCGGCGGCUGUCAUGAUGUCGUAUGGACCCUCGCUUGUUGUAAGCUUCGGCUUCGGCAGGCUCCGGUCAAACGCAAUGAUGUCGAUAGGCACUUGGUGUGCUCUUGUGACAAACUUGGCCUGGGGCUACGCAGGAGAUUAUUGGGGCCGCCGUGGGCCGUUGGUCUUCCUCGGUGUUACACUUUUCGCUGCUGUGGCGAUCGGUAACCGAGCUCUGAUCUAUUCCGAUGAUGCCAAUGCCAAAUUCGCGUUGCUGAUGUUAGUCGGGGCCUUUGCGGCGCCAUGGCACCCCCUCAACGGGUCUUGGAUGUCACUUAAUGCUAAGUCGGCUGGCGAGAGAUCCAUCACCUUUGCCAUUCUAAUCAUGUCGGCCAAUAGCAGCGGUAUUGUUGGCGGACAGCUGUUCCAGCAGGAGGAUGCUCCUCUUUACAGAACCGGCUGGUCGGUCAUCAUCGCACUUGUCUCGUUAGCUGUCGUCUCCUCGGCUGUUUCCAACAUUCAGUACUGGGUGUUGAACAGACGGAAUGCUAAGAACGGAAUCGACUAUCGUUACAAGCUGUGA